AAUGGACACCUGAGUGGCUAAGGCAGCAGAUUCUGCAGGAGGACUUCCGCAGACGCCAUGUGGGAGGCGGUGCUGCCACUAAGACUGCUGAGGGGUAUGGAGCUGCAGGGCGCGGCAGAGGAAGAGGGGGUUGGAGAGGCCGAGGCCGUGGGAGGAGCUUUGGCAGAGGUAGAGGCCGAGGUGACUAUAAUGAGGGGCAUGGGAGCUCUAGUGGCAGGGGGAGUACCAGAAUGGAGGGCACGUGCUGGUACUGCAAGAAGAUAGGGCAUCCUUGGUUCAAGUGCUUCAGCAGGCCGGAGGGAUGGGCACCUCCAGGCAUGAAGCCACCCAGUGGUGAACGCGCACAAGGUGGCGCUGUGCAAGGCUCAGGUGCACAAGGUGAAGGUGCACAAGGUAAUGCCUAUCCUGGUUUGUUUCUUAUGGUUCAGGAUGUGCAUGGGCAUGAGGGUGAUGUGGGAUCUGUGGGAAAGGUUGUGAUGCACCCUCUCACGCACUGGGUGAUUGAUUCGGGUUGCACCAGUCACAUGACUCCACGGGCAGAUUUGCUUGAUGAGGUAAAACCCCCUGGGAAGAUUAAGUAUGUGGCAGCAGCGUCAGAGCAAGGGGGAGGUGGCAGCGGCUGUCCUUAAGGAGUGGAUGCCUAGAGCUCAGAGGGAAUGCGGACACAAGGUGAAGGUGAUCCGCAGUGACAAUGGUGGGGAGUUCAUUGGAGCUGAUUUUGAGGGGGAGUUGAAGAGGAAGGGGAUCCAGCAUCAACUGACAGUGCCCUACAACCCACAGCAGAAUGGCGUCGCCCUUGUGAAGAACAGGGUGCUGGCUACAGUUGGAGAUAAGGAGUGGAUCCCAUACGUCAAGUGGUAUGGGAGUGCUCCAGCUGUGAACAUGCUGAGGGCAUUUGGGUGCAUGGUGGUGUUUCAUGUGCCUAAGGAGAAAAGGGGGAAGUUGGAGGCUUCUGGAAGAUGGGGUGUGCACUUGGGGAUUGCAAAGGAUCACAAGGGGUGGCUGCUAUGGGACCUGACCACCCAGAAGUUGACAGUGUCAAGGGAUGUGAAGUUUCUUGAGUCCCUGUACUACAAGGAAUGGAAGCAGCAGCAACAGAAGCUUCCAUCUACACCGCUCAUUGUGGAGGCAGAUGAGGUGCAGCAGCCUUCAAGACAGGUAUUUGUGAUAAUAGAUCUUGAGAAGAUCUUUCCGACGCAACAAGAAUCGCUUCAAUCGGAGCAAGAACGCGAAAGCUAUGAAGAUUCAAAGUUCAUGAGCUUGCUGCGUCGAAAGCCAUAGCGUCGCGAAUACUUCAUCAAUCAACGUGAUUCAAAUUGGGAACGGUAGCUGAGAUCAAGAGCUACAACAUAUCCAAGUUUCGCGACAUUCCAACGGCUAGUGUUUUGUCGACGUCGUUUCUUGUGAAGACGACUUUUCUGUCCAGAAUUUCGGAUUUAUAUUUUGAGUAAUUCUAGCUCCUAAGUUCACCUAGACUCUGUCCUUA